GAACGAUAAAGGAAAAGAUUUAUUACUAUAAGUAGCAUUUAACGCUCGUUAAGUUCAUACUACUGACGCAGCUAUUGAUCCAACAGGUCAAUUGUGUAUGAGAUAAGAAGAUAAUCUCUACUAUUUUGAAUAGACGCAUAUAACAUUCAUAAAAUGGCCCAACGAGCACAGAAGCAGUAUGAUUGGAAGGACUCGAACCUGGCCCUGUUCGGCUCCGACACAGAGAAACAGGUGAAAAAGGAGUCUGCUGCCACGGAGCCCGCUUGGCAGACUGCAGGUCAGAAACCCGGGCUGCAGAUCUGGCGCAUCGUGAAUUUCAAGGUUACUUCUUGGCCAAAAGAAGACUACGGUAAAUUCUACGACGGUGAUUCGUACAUCAUUCUCAAUACGUACAAUGACGGGGAUUCCAACCAGCUCCUAUAUGACGUUCACUUCUGGAUUGGAAAGUACAGCACACAGGACGAGUACGGCACGGCGGCCUACAAGACGGUGGAGCUCGACACAUUCCUGGACGACGUGCCGAUACAGCACCGCGAGGUCCAGGGUCACGAAUCCGAGCUCUUCCGGAGCUACUUCAAGGCAAUCACUACCAUGAAAGGCGGCGCGGACAGCGGUUUCCGGCACGUGAAACCCGAGGAGUACACUCCCCGCCUUCUUCAUUUUCAUGGAAACCGGAAAGAGGUGGUUGUUAAGGAAAUACCGCGCUGCAAGAGCCUCAUAGACAAUACGGACGUCUACAUCCUAGACUUGGGGCUGAAACUCGUUCAGUGGAACGGAACCGGCGCCAACAAGGACGAGAAAAUGAAGGCUCUACAAUACAUAAAGGGGCUUCAAGCAGAGAGGGGUGGAAAGUGUCACAUGGAAUGUAUGGAUGAGGACCCUAUCGCCCCUGAGGACGAGUUUUACAAGUUCCUAAACGAGAAACCGGACGCUGAUGACGACCAACCGGAAGUAAAGGACAAGGUCAAGGAGCUUUGGAGAUUGUCGGACGUCACUGGUAAGCUGUCUAUGAAACCGGAAAAGAGAGGCUCGGAGAUCAGCAGUUCUGCACUCGAUAGCAACGAUGUGUUCAUUUUGGAUACCAAGACCGAGCUGUUUGUCUGGAUCGGUAAAAAGACGUCCAUCAACGAAAGACGUAACGCCAUGACCUACGCACACAACUACCUGAUGAAGACCGACCAUCCUCUGGUUCCUAUCUCGUGCGUGAACGAGGUCAUCAACGACAAACGGUUCGCCGCUGCCAUUGCUGCGUAGACGUCGCGGGGACGUCAGGCCAACACGAGUUACCUACGAAGGCGUAAUUAAAGAAAAAUAUCCAGCGUUAUAUAUGUUAUAUGUACCAACGUAUUAUGUGUUCGGGGGGUGGGGGGGGGGGGGGGGGUCUAGCGUGUACAGUGUCGACGUCAUAGCGUCUUUGGAUUUAACCAGCUCGUGGACGUUUUUGUUAACAUGUAUUCUAUAUUUACUGUAUUGACGUUUUUCUAAAUAACUGCAUGUUUGAUAUUAUAUGUAAGUGUAAUUAGUGCACUCUUUUCUUAACCAUUACAUUAUAAUGUUCGAAUGGUGGAUAAUAUUAUGAUUUGUGUCUAUUGUUUAUGGAUAGUAAGUUAUUAACAAAUUUACAUAUUUUUGAUUGCCAAGCUGGGAAAUACGAUUUAUCAUUUACCGUAAUGUUACAAUUAUAUAUUGUAUAUUCUUAACUAAAAUAUGUAUUUUCUUUUGAAGAAUAUGACGAUGAUAUGCUGAACUUUAUCACACCGUUAGCUUUCCACUUUAUUAUUAUCAGUAACUUUUCUUAAAUAAAUUAACUAAACAAA